AUGAGGACGGUGGCAUUAAUUAGCGGCGGGAAGGACAGCUGCUAUAACAUGUUGCAGUGCGUCAGUGCCGGACAUACAAUCGUAGCACUGGCCAACCUCAAACCCCAAAAUAAAGAUGAAUUGGACAGCUACAUGUACCAAACUGUUGGUCAUCAGGGGAUUGACUUAUAUGCUGAAGCAAUGGGACUGCCGUUGUAUAGAGAUGUAAUCUCUGGUGUAGCUGUUGACCAGUGUAGGAAUUAUAAACCUACAGAGAAUGAUGAGGUUGAAGAUCUCUUCAGACUCCUUUCAAGAAUAAAGGACGAAUUAGAUAUAGAGGCAGUAGCUUGUGGAGCAAUUUUGUCUGAUUACCAAAGAAUAAGGGUAGAAAAUGUAUGUCAAAGGCUUGGUUUAGUGUGUCUAGCAUAUUUAUGGCGAAGGAACCAAAAGGAACUGCUACAGGAAAUGAUAGCUAGUGGUGUAGAAGCUAUUAUUAUUAAGGUUGCUGCUCUUGGCCUAGAUCCUAAAAUACAUCUAGGUAUGAGCUUAAGCGACAUACAGCCACACCUUCUAGUCAUGCAGAAAAAAUAUGGUCUCAAUGUUUGUGGAGAAGGAGGAGAGUAUGAAACUUUUACAUUAGACUGUCCUCUGUUUAGGAAACGAUUAGUGAUAGAUGAAAAAGAAUUAGUGAUACAUUCAGAUGAUCCUGUUGCAUCCGUCGGUUAUUUAAAUUUAAAGCUGCAUCUGGAAGCUAAAGAAAACUACUGCGAACCCACCCAACUACCUCCAACUGUGAAAAACUCAUUAGAUUUUGUAAAUGAUUUAAAUGAUACGGUAUUUAGUGAUUUAAGUGAUAUAGAACUAAGCGAAUCUGAAUUAGAAUUUGAGAAGUUAGAGCAGAAGAAGAAGGAAGAAGAAGACGUAAACCCAUUGCUCACUUACUCCCGUGAAGGGUGUGAUAUUUCCGCCAAUUUAGAAGCUGCCGAUGAUUAUCAAAUUGACAACACAGAGAGUAUAGAAGUUGGAUACAACUAUGACCAUAUGUGUAAUGAAAGCGCGAAACAUCCGGUUAUUGAUCAUAGAUCUAUAUAUGGAAAUAGUCAUGGAUGGUAUUUUAUUGGUGGAAUAGUGGGGGAAGGGCUUGAUACAGCAGUUGCUACGGAAGAUGCUAUGAAGAAACUCAUUAAUCUACUGGAUACAGAAGAUCUGCAUUUGACGAACGUUAGUUCGGUGAACAUUUACAUGCGGGACAUGGGCGAAUAUGCAGCAUUGAACAGUGUGUACGUGAAGACGUUUUGCUACCCAAACCCGCCCACACGAGUGUGUAUACAAUGCCCUUUGCCCGAUGACGUCGGUCUCAUAUUGGAUGCUGUUGCACAUAAACAAGAGCCCAGCGACAAUCAAGAGUCGGAUGGCAGCAAUACGAAGGAACGGGUGACAAUGCACGUGCAGGGUAUAUCACACUGGGCACCCGCUAAUAUUGGACCUUAUAGCCAAGCUGUUAAGGUGGGCGAAGUAGUGGGCACGAGCGGGCAGAUCGCGCUGGUACCGGGAUCGAUGCGCCUGGCGGGCAAGGGCGCGCGCGGCCAGUGCGCGCUGGCGUUGCGACACAUCGCGCGCGUGCUGCGCGCCGCGCACCCGCGCGCGCACAUCCGCAGCGUCGUGCAGAGCGUGUGCUACGUGACGCACGUGUCGGCGGCGCGUGAGGCACGGCGGCAGCUGGAGCGGCGCACGGCGGGCGCCAUCGUGCAGUGCGCCGUCGUGCAAGCGCUGCCGCGCGGCGCCGCCGUCGAGUGGCACGUCUGGGCGCACUCCGACAACAACCGCUUCGACUAUGAGGAAACCGGUUGCAACGUUGGCGAAUACAAGGUCGCCAUUACCAGGAGGUGGAAUUAUGAAAAUACAGUGGCAGCGUGCGUUUGCUAUGUAGCUACCGGUUCUUCGCCCUCUACCUGUCAACUCACGUUCCCCAAUGAAGAAGCGUGCAAAUCUCACAGAACUCUCGCCUCACAAAUGCAGUGUUCAGAAAUAGAGGAAGUUUUAGAAUAUGCCCUCAGAAAACUCUUAAACGACUGCUACGAUAGAGAGCCGCUUCCCGCUGUAAAGCUCAGGAUAUUUUAUCAGGUGUGGAGCGCACCGGGCGCGUGUGCGCUGGUGCGUGCGGCGCGCGGCGCGGCGGCGCGGCUGCGCGCGCGCGUGGCGCUCACCGUCGUGCCGGUGGCCGCGCUGCACAACGCCUUCACCUUCCUCUCCAUCAGCGGCCUGCGCCUCGACGAGUGA